UUUAUUAACCAAACCAAAGGGGAGGUCUUUGCUUGCCCUCAGCAUAAAUAUCCCAUUUACUUUAACAAAUCAUGAACCUACACGUGGCAAACAUCGAUCUGGGUAUGAUUCUUUUCUUCCCAAACCCCCCCUCUUUCAAUUACUUGUAAAGUUGACUUUUAUCAAUACCCAACAAACCAACCUAUCUCUCCCCCCUCCAAAGAAAUCUAUCAGAAAAAUCUUGAAGAAGAGGGGGGUAAAAUUGUAAAUUACAAGGGAUGGGAAACGCACUGAGGUUUUUGUAUGGUGAAUGUUGUUCCAAGCCAACCACCGGUGGUGGUGGCAAUUGGGGGAAUCAACAGCAAUCACAUGGUUACCAUGGUGUUCCGACAACCACCGCCGGUGUCUCGGCCCUCGCUCGAGAUAUCCAUCACUUUCAAAUGACCUCCCAGGUUCCUGAAGGUUUGAGUAAGCAUGUGGUUUCAUCCAAGAAGGCUCAGUCUAACUGGUAUAACAAACUUUCCGAGGCAUGGGGACAAUCAAAACCUCCACCAAACUCACCUGAAGAUGUUUCCAGGCUUGUCGUCAACACCUUAAAGAAUCACAAAAAGGCCGAUGUCGAGGGUUUGCUAUCAUUUUAUGGUCUACCUCUACCUCAUUCCCUUGUUGAAGGCAAUGCCGGCCAAGCUCCAGCGGUUCCCAACGGAGUCAAGUUUGAAUUAAACACACUUCCUGUGGAUGCAAAAGCUGUAGCAGAUGGGGACACAGUGACAGUUUACGUGAGUACCUUGGAUCCUCGGGAGGCAGCAUGUAUUCCGCGAGAUGUACAAGUGGCAGCGGUAGAACGUGUCAAAGCACGUGCCCAGAGGAACUACACCAAGGCAGAUGCACUCCAGAAGCAAAUUACAGAUGCAGGAUAUCGGAUGCUAAAUAUCCAAAAUGAGGAAAUUCUAGCCCGAAAAUAUCGUAUCAGACUAAGGGGAAUAGAUGCACCAGAAAGCUCAAUGCCUUAUGGGAAAGAGGCAAAGGAGGAAUUGACUAACAUGGUCGUGGGAAAGCCCUUGAGAGUUUUGAUCUAUGAUGAAGAUCGGUAUGGCCGUUGUGUUGGCGAUAUCUACUGCAAUGGCGCCUUUGUCCAGGAACGGAUGUUGAAGAAAGGACUUGCAUGGCAUUACGUUGCUUAUGACAAGCGACCGGAAUUACAAAAGUGGGAGAAAGAUGCUAGAGCUAAAAGAAUCGGCUUGUGGGCUUCAGCGCAUCCUGAAAUGCCAUGGGAAUAUAGGAAGAAUCGACGUGAUAAAAGAUAGUCUUUUUGUGAGACCAGAGCAAUAAUUACUUGAAUUUUAUGCAAAAGAAGCGUACUCAUUGUAAGUUGUAACGAGAAAUGUAGAAAUACAUCAAUAAGCAUUUAGCACAAAGACUUGUAUUGAUCAAAUAUGUAUAUGACAUUUGUAACAAACCAAAAUAACUUUAUUAUUGACAACCAAAGAUCUGAGUUUUGAUAACUAGAAUUCCU